GCUGUAUGGGAUGCUAGCAUGGGGUAGGGAACUCGGACUAGGCUUCAUAUGUUCCCCCAUGUAGGACCAUGGCAAACAAGAACAUGAAGCAACAGGUCAUGAAUGGGAUUCGGGACAAGGUGCUGACCUUGGACACCAUGAACCAAUCUGUGAAAAACACCGAGUAUGUUAUUCUCGGGUCCAUUGUGCUGCGAGCUAUGGAGCUGGAGAGAGAGCUUCAGCAGGGUGUGAAGAAGCCUUUCACAGAGAUUAUCCAUGCCUAUAAAGGAGAUGCCCAUGCUAUGGGUCAGAAGCCAAUCACUUUUAUGCGUCAGGUCUUGGCCCUCUGCCAGUACCCAGAUCUCCUGAGCAGCCCAUCCUUCCCAGAAGAUGCCAAGAAACGGGCAAUGAGAAUCUUGCAGGCCUGUGAGGGUCACAGCACAGGGUCUUACAGCGCCAGCACUGGCAUCCAGAUGAUUCGAGAAGAUGUGGCAAGGUACACUGAGCAUCGGGACGGGGGCAUUGCUUCUGACCCUGACAACAUCUUCCUGUCCACAGGGGCCAGCAGUGCCAUCAUGGUAUGCCUCCCUCUUUCUUUGUGUCUUCCCUUCCCCACCAUCUGAUUUCCUCAGACCCUUCCCCACUCCAUCCCCUGC